AUGGGCCUCCGCGGUGUCCGGUUGCGGUUUUCAAAGUGCCUCGUUGCCUCAUCUCGCUCGUUCGUCGUUCACGCUGGACCCGUCGGCCCCUCGACGUUUCACACGACACACCCUCGGUGUCCGACCUCCACCUGGCCUAGCAAGGACAUCUGGCACACGAAAUCAUUGCAUAGGGCAGACCGGGAGUCCGGGAUAGGUUGCCAGUGGUCUAACAUCAAGGAUUCAGUGGUACAUGGACGAAUUAUGCACUGGCUCUCUAGUGUAUGGCACACGUUCGGCCAUGAUGUGGAACCUUGCUCGCUCUCAACGCCGAUGGAAGCUCCUUAUUAUCUGGCUUGA